AUGGGGUGUGGCAAUUUGUUCUUCACAAUUCUGAUAACUUUCUCGGUGGCGCUCAUAACUUACAACAUCAUCAUCUCAGCCAAUGCCCCUCUCAAGCAGGACUUCCCUGGCCCUUCUCGCCCUUCCAUUUCGGUGGAUCCCCUCAUCAAGAUGCCACUGCACAGAUCAUCCUCUGAAAAGAAGAGGCUUUUUCACACUGCAGUCACUGCCUCUGACUCUGUCUACAACACGUGGCAGUGCAGAGUGAUGUACUUUUGGUACAACAAGUUUAAGGACGGACCCCAAUCUGGGAUGGGAGGGUUCACUCGGAUCCUUCACUCUGGGAAGCCUGAUCAGUUCAUGGAUGAGAUCCCCACCUUUGUUGCUCAGCCUUUACCUGCUGGGAUGGAUCAGGGUUACAUAGUCCUUAAUAGACCAUGGGCAUUUGUGCAGUGGCUUCAACAAGCAGAUAUUGAAGAAGAUUAUAUAUUGAUGGCAGAGCCAGAUCAUAUAAUUGUCAAACCUAUACCCAACUUAGCCACAGAUGAGCUAGGAGCUGCAUUCCCUUUCUUCUACAUUGAGCCUAAGAAGUAUGAAACAGUGCUAAGGAAGUAUUUCCCUGAGGAAAAGGGACCAAUAACUAAUAUUGAUCCUAUUGGGAAUUCACCUGUUAUUGUUGGGAAGAAAUUCCUUAAGAAGAUUGCUCCCACUUGGAUGAAUGUUUCCUUGGCAAUGAAGAAGGAUCCUGAAACUGAUAAGGCUUUUGGAUGGGUGCUUGAAAUGUACGCUUAUGCUGUUGCUUCAGCUAUUCACGGAGUUCGUAACAUAUUACACAAGGACUUCAUGAUUCAGCCUCCAUGGGACAAAGAAAUUGGCAAGACAUACAUAAUUCACUAUACAUAUGGUUGUGACUAUACUAUGAAGGGUGAACUGACGUAUGGAAAGAUUGGGGAAUGGAGGUUUGAUAAAAGAUCUUAUGAUAAAGUUGCUCCCCCGAAAAAUCUAACAAUGCCGCCCCCCGGUGUUCCAGAAAGUGUGGUAACUCUCGUAAAAAUGGUGAACGAAGCUACAGCAAGCAUUCCAAAUUGGUGGUCGUAA